UAUGAAUGAUGACACAUUAAUAAUCAGGAUUACUACUUAUUCUAGUAUGUUUGCUGGAAUCAUAGGGAAAAUAGCUUGUCAUCCAAUUGAUACAAUAAGAGCUAAGAUAUAAGUAAUUUUAAUUCUCAUUUAAAGAUUAGACAAACAAUGAUGCUUAAGAUUAAAGCUGAGAAAUUGAUUUCAACAUUGGCAAAAGAGACAUUAAGAACUGAGGGUUUACGUGGACUUUAUAAAGGUCUUGGAAUAACAAUAGUAAAUAUGAUAAUUUCUAUAUAGAUAGGAACAGGACCUGCAUAUUCUUUAUAUUUAACUACUUAUGAAACAUCAAAGUAUUUGUUAAAUUAAUUGAAUGUAAAUUAUGUCAUAUAUAUUAGUUUAUGAAAGACAGUCCAAAUUUAAUCUCAUUUGCAUCUGGAAUGAUGGCUGAAACUAUCAGUUGCAUUUUCUGGUUACCAAUAGAUGUGAUUAAAGAGAGAUUAUAAGUUCAAAGUAAUAUAAAGGUUUUUGAUUAUAAAAAUACAUUUGUAUUAUACUGUUUAUAUUCUAGGAUGCCAUCCAAAAGAUUCUAAGAUCAGAAGGAGUAGUUGGUUUGUAUAGAGCUUAUGGAGCAACUGUAGCCUCAUAUGGUCCAUUUAGUGCAUUCUAUUUUAUGUUUUAUGAGAAAUUAAAAAGUAAUUUAAAUUAGAAUUAAUAAAAUAGCAAUUUUGGAAAAUCCAUUGUAACCAUCAUUUUUAGAAAGUCUUUGUUUAUCAGGGAUUGCAGGAUCAAUGGCAGGAUUCAUAUGCAAUCCAAUGGAUAUAGUAAGAUUGAGAAUGCAAGUUUAAAGAGCAUCAGUGGCAACUCAUGCAGAUACAGGUAAUUUUGGAUAUAAGAACUUAAUUCAUGGACUUUAUAAAGUAGUAAAGAAUGAAGGGAUAUUGUCAUUAACUAAAGGAUCCAUGGCUAAAGUAUUAUACACAUGUCCAAAUACUGCAAUUUCAAUGAGUGUAGCAGAAGUAACAAGAUCUUACUUUAUUAAUAAAUACAAGAGUCAUUGAUU